UGCAAUUGUACACAAAACUAAAUUUCUUCUUUCAGCAUUUCUUGUUCCUGUGAAUUCUUAUAUCCAUAAGAAUGGCAAAUGGGCAGCUAAAAUCUGUUGCAGGACUGCUUUUAGUCCUCAAUUUCUGCAUGUAUGCAAUAGUUUUGGGCAUUGGUAGCUGGGCGAUGAACAUGGCCAUUGAACAUGGUUUCGUCAUUGGUCCUGGAUUUGAUUUGCCAGCACAUUUCUCACCGAUAUACUUCCCGAUGGGAAAUGCAGCCACUGGAUUCUUUGUGACAUUUGCUAUGAUUGCUGGUGUUGUUGGAAUUGCAUCAAUCCUUGCUGGAUUUAACCAUUAUCGUUACUGGAACAUAAAUAGCAUGCCUGGUGCACUUUCUGCUGCUACCAUUGCUUGGACUCUCACUCUUCUUGCCAUGGGCUUCGCAUGGAAAGAGAUUGAACUCCAGAUCAGAAAUUCUCGUCUGAGAACAAUGGAAGCAUUUAUUAUUAUCCUUUCAGCCACUCAACUGUUGUACAUAGCUGCAAUUCAUGGGCGUUGAUCAGUCUUUGAGCACGGAGAACGGUCUUCAAUUGUGUCUUAAGUGUGUUUUGCAUUUUAUUAUUACUUUAUUUUUUUUAGAUUUAUGAAUUUUCGAUUCAUUUAUGUUGUACAAAAUCAAGGACUGGCAUUUCAUGUAUUCACUAGUAAUUUGUUCGUGUUUGUGUGAAAAAAAUGAGCAUACAAAUAAAAUGGCUGGUAUGAGCCUUUUAGAAAA